AAACGAACAGGUCAACAAACUGAGUGUUGUAAUAUUCUUGCUGGAAACAUUCUUGCACAACCUUUUUAGAAGAAGAAAAAUAGAAGGAAUUCAAAUAGGAUUCCCAGUGCUGGACACAGUGGAGAAAACACAGGAGACAAGAGAAUAGGGAUUGUCAAAAUCUGUGUCCAAGUUGGCUCCUGAAUCUUGGCAAAGUAUCCCCCGGCUUCUAGACGGGGAGUGUUAGAUCAUGAAAUUACUAACCAUCCUUCUUCUCUGCUCCAGGCUGCUGCCAAGUCUAACCCAGGAUGCAGUCUUCCAGGAAAUGGACUGCAAUGACGAGGAUGUGUUUAAGGCUGUGGAUGCUGCUCUGAGGAACUAUAACAAAAGGAACCAAACUGGCAACCAGUUCCUGUUGUACCGCAUAACUGAGGUCAAUAAGACGGUUAGCUCUGAAGUAUUUUAUUCCCUCAAGUAUGAAAUCAAGGAGGGCGACUGUCCUGUGGAAAGUGGCAAAACCUGGCAAGACUGUGAGUACCAGGAGGCCGAGAAUGCGGCCACGGGAGAAUGCUCAGCCACUGUAGGGAAGAAAGAAAGUGGGAAAUUCUCUGUAGCCACCCAGACCUGCCAGAUCACUCCAGCCCAUGGCCCUGUGAUGAAGGCCCAAUACAACUGCCUUGGCUGUGUACACCCCAUAUCAACUAACAGCCCAGAUCUGGAUCCUGUCUUGAAAUAUGCCAUUGAACAUUUUAAUAACAACACCCAGCAUUCCCAUCUCUUUGCUCUUGGAGAAAUUAAAAGAGCUCAAAGACAGGUGGUGGCUGGGUUGAACUUUGAUAUUACCUACACAAUUUUGCAAACUAAUUGUUCCAAGGAGAAUUUUGCAUUCUUAACUGAAGACUGCAAGACCCUAUCAAAUGGUGAUGCUGGUGAAUGUACAGACCAGGCAUUUGUGAAUAUUCAGCAGGAAAUCACUUCCUUUGCACAGAAUUGUGAACUUCAUCCAGGCGAGGAUGAAGUGCAAGUUCCCCUGAGGUGCACUGGCUGCCCCAAGGAGAUACCUGUGGACAGCCCCAAGCUGGAGGAGGUGCUGACUCACGUCAUCCAAAAGCUGAAUGCAGAAAACAAUGCAACUUUCUAUUUCAAGAUUGAAUCCAUUAAAAGAGCUACAUCACAGGUGGUGGCUGGGAUGAUAUAUUCUAUUGAGUUCUUAGCCAGGGAAACCGAAUGUUCCAAGGAAACCAUCAAGGAGUUCACCACAAGUUGUGAAUACAAGCAGUUUGGAAAAAAUCUAAUCUGCCAUACUCGAGUUUAUGUGGUACCUUGGGAGAACAAAACUGAGUCUACCAUCAACUGUCAACCACUAGAAAUGAUUGCAUUGAUGAAAAGGCCUCCAGGUUUUUCACCUUUCCGAACAUUACAAGUACAGGAAACAGAAAAAGAAACAACUGUAAGUCCACCCUACACUUCUGUGGUACCUGUACAAGAUGAAGAGCAGAAUCCAGAAAAUGAACAAGGACCCACUCAUGGGCAUGACUGGGACCCUGAAAAGCAGAGAAAACAUGAGACUGGCCAUGAUCAUAAACAUGAGCAUGACCAAGGCCAUCGGCACCAAAAGGAGCAUGACCUUGGUCAUGGACAUAAACGAAAACAUGGCCAGAAUCAUGAACAUCAGCCUGAACGUAACCACUAUAGCGUUAAACACCAAAGGGGACAUGGCUUUGGCCAUGGGCAUCAAAUGGGACAUGACCUAGCCAAUGGACACAGACAUAAGCAUAAAAAUGGUCAUGGCCAUGGGAAACAUAAAGAAAAAACACAUGGGAAGCACAGUGACUGGAAAACAGAGCCCUUGGCAAGCUCUUCUGAAGAUAGUACUACAUCUUCACAGACACCAGAGAAGACAGAAGGGCCCAUCCCUUCUCUAGCCCAGCCAGAAGUAGCAGUUACCUCUCCUGGCUUUCAGGAUUCAGAUCUCCUUGAAGCCUGGAUGACUACCAGAUCACCAGCUCCCACAGAGAGUGAUGAUGACUGGAUCCCCAAUAUCCAGAUAGAACCAGAUAGCCUUUCAUUUAAGCUGAUAUCUGAUUUUCCAGAAACAACUUCCCCUAAAUGUCCUGGACGUCCCUGGAAACCAGUUAAUGGAAAGAAUCCAACCAUGGAAGUGAAAGAAUUGGAUGGUUUUGAUCUCUCUGAUGCUCUUUCUUAACUUAUGCAGCCUUACCCUUUCAUCAGUAUCUCUUCUCCCAAACUCAAAUAUCCUCAUGUGAGGCACCAAACACCAUGACAUUUUAGAACAGUCUAGAGAGUAGCGAGCCACUGAGAGAGGACAUCCGUGAUCUCUGAGCCUGUGGGAAAGUGUGUGCUUGAAUUUUAAAUCCUAAAUCUUUCUCACCAUGGAUUUUCUAAAUUAUCAGAACACAGACAAACUAACCUAAUGUGCCUCAUGACCUAUUGCAGUUUGCCUCUCUGAUAAGGCAUGUGUACCUUAAAGUGCACAUUAUCAGUGUUCUUACAGUGAUUCUUGCCAUGCUAAUGGUGGCACAGCAUCUAGUCCACAAGUGUGUGAAAAUAGAGGAAGUCCAAAGAUGGAAUGUUGAACUUGGAAAUGGGGUGAAAAUAAUAGGAAAAUCUUUCAGUUAUUGGCUAACAAGAAAGAAAUACAGGUUAGCCAAAGGAAGGAAAGGGGAAAGUAAGCUGACGUUCUGUUUUCUAGUUAUGUCAAAUAUAUACCCCACUUGACCAAGAGUUCUCCUGGGUUUUUAAUUUCUAUGUACUUACUACUCUGGGCCACAAGACUUUCAAAUAGGUUUCUGUUUAUUUUUUUGCUAAGGUUACAUUGAACAGUCCUCCAUUUCCAGAAACUCUGGGU